AUGGAGGUUGAAAGUGAAAAUCUCAGGGUUUUGAAACAGGGUAAGGUUAAUCACUUUGCAUCAGAAUUGGUUUACCAUGGGAUGCAGGGUCCGUUUGUGAUGUCAUUACUUUUGAAUUGUACAGUGAAUGCUGAGAUGGGAGUUGUUUACAUUAGGCUCUUACUCAUACUAUUCCUACUGGCAUCCAAAGGUAUUCUCUCUAACGUAAGUCAUGUAAGGAAAACCAUCCUCAUACUUAUGUUCUUGGUAAAGAGCAGACAUCAAAGUAGCGGUUGGAUGUUGUCAACGAAACAAAGAAAACCUUCUCUGUACUCUAUCAGGAGGCUUAUCUCUAAUGCGAAUAGAUUCAACCUGCCUUCUCUCAAAAGGGUGUUAAGUCUUGAAGGAAGCUUUAGGCAUGACUACAUUGGAAAAGCGAGAACUCUCAGUAAAGAAUUGAUGAUUGAAGUAAAGAUGGAAACCUGA